AGUUGUGCGCGCUUCCUGCGGUCGUUACGGUAAAUGCUGACAGCUCCGGGGUGUCAGCUGAUCCUCCAUCACUGGCGACCGAGGAGGAGAAACCCAGCCGAAGGAAAACACUGCUGGCGAGUUUAAAAGUCAUGGCUGCGGAGAUUCACUCGAGGCCUCAGACCGCCAGGCCGGUUCUCUUGAACAAGAUCGAGGGACACUCGGACGCCAUCAACGCCGCCGUGUUGAUACCGAAGGAAGACGGAGUGAUCACGGUCAGCGAGGACAGGACGAUCCGGGUAUGGCUGAAGAGAGACAGUGGGCAGUACUGGCCCAGCAUCUACCACACAGUCUCCUCUCCUUGCUCCUGCAUGUCAUACCACCAUGACAGCAGACGCAUCUUCAUUGGCCAGGACAAUGGAGCUGUUGUGGAGUUUCUCAUCUCUGAAGAUUUCAACAAGAUGAGCCACGUCAAAACAUAUCCAGCCCACCAGAACCGCGUGUCAGAUAUGGUUUUCUCCCUGGAGAGUGAGUGGGUGGUGAGUACUGGCCAUGAUAAGAGUGUGAGCUGGAUGUGCACACAGAGUGGGAGCAUGCUGGGGAGACACUACUUCACCGCCUGGGCCUCCUGCCUACAAUACGAUCACGAGACGCAGCACGCCUUUGUCGGCGAUUACUCGGGACAGAUCACGCUGCUGAAACUGGAAAAGCAGACGUAUUCCACAGUCACCACACUGAAGGGUCACGAAGGAAGUAUAGGAGCUCUGUGGUGGGACCCCGUCCAGAGGCUGCUGUUCUCAGGGGCCUCCGACCACAGCGUCAUCAUGUGGGACAUCGGGGGACGCAAAGGACGGACGCUAUUGUUGCAGGGACACCACGAACGUGUUCAGGCCCUGCGCUUCCUCCAGUUGACGAGGCAGCUGUUGUCGUGCUCUGCCGAUGGCGGCAUGGCAGUGUGGAACAUGGACACGCAGAGAGAAGAGGCGCCACAGUGGUUGGACAGCGACUCGUGUCAGAAGUGUGAACAGCCGUUCUUCUGGAACAUCAAGCAGAUGUGGGACACCAAGACUAUGGGGCUCAGACAGCACCACUGCCGGAAGUGCGGCAAAGCUGUGUGUGGAAAAUGCAGCUCUAAACGCUCCACAUUUCCAAUCAUGGGCUUCGAGUUCCCUGUGCGGGUGUGUGACGCCUGCUUUGACACCAUCAAAGAAGACGAUCGAACACCGCUGGCUUCGUUCCACGAGGGGAAACACAACAUCGCCCACAUGGACAUGGACCCAUCCAGAGGCCUGAUGGUCACUUGUGGAAGCGACCGCAUUGUUAAGAUCUGGGAUAUGACACAGGUGGUUGGUUGUAGCUUAGCAACAGGCUUCUCUCCGCGCUGAUUGGCCCAGCCCACUACAUGCUUCCCCCCGACAGUCUUCUGGCCACUCUUCCAGUUUCAUGGAAACUCCUCUGUAAAGUGCAUCUGCCCAUCACGCCUGGGAUCUUCGACUACAACCGGGCCUGCUCGGUGUGUGUGCGUGUGUUUCGGUAGUGUAUCCCUACACAUCCUUUUUGCUUCUCAUUAAAAAAACAACCUUUCCUUUAAUUUCACUCUGUCCUACAUGAAAGUGUGUUUUUUACUUUUUGUGCUGAUUUGAAACAGAACCCUAAGCACAACUGUGUGUGUGUGUGUGUGUGUGUGUGUGUGUGUGUGUGUGUGUGUGUGUGUGUGUGUGUGUGUGUGUGUGUGUGUGUGUGUGUGUGUGUGUGUGUGUGUGUGUGUGUGUGUGUGUGUGUGUGUGUGUGUGUGUGUGUGUGUGUGUGUGUGUGUGUGUGUGUGUGUGUGUGUGUGUGUGUGUGUGUGUACACGUCUGAUUCUUCUUUUGACAAAGGUCACUUUUUUUUAUUACCCUUGCACUGUAAAUUUUGGUUUCAUCAAAUCGCCGGCCUGCUAAUCCUGUAAAAACACACUACCUUCUCUUUCUUAUUACUGUGGCCCACUAAACUGCAUAUUACUCAGUCACUGUAACAUGUACAAAACAAACCCAUAAUCUUCUGUAUAUAACUUAUGUGUAUAGUAGAUAGUUGCUUGAAAAGACUCACUGAUCAGAGCGAUCAGCUUUUUCUGUCUCUUUUGUUUUUCCUCUUAUGAUUUUGUUCACUAGCUGGCCUUAAAUCUCUCUCAGGAGGUUUUUCCAUCAGUGGGUCGUCAUUGGCCGGGGGCUCGCCGUGUCAGCCGUCACUGUUGUGCGAUUAAUCAGGCGCGAUGAGAGAGUGGCCUCUUUCUCGAUAGACAAAGGAGAUCUCCCGAUACACUCAAAGAUACUGCCGCAGAAAGUUGACCCAGUCGCCAGACGCUUUGACGUCAGCAUCCACCCGGCCUCCACCUCCGUCACCCCAGGUGAGCCACGGGGAGAAAAAUGUUGCCGUAGUUACAUUUGUUGACGGCGGCAUCUCAUGUCGUCCAAAGGUUUACCUCUAGGGAAUUUUGUUUGAGGAAAUUGAUGAGUGUGACCAUUUCAGCUUCGUGGGUUCAAUUCUUAAAUUAGGAAACUUGUGUAGGUAGAUACCACACGCAGCACUUAUUGUUUGAAUCCAAGACACUAAAACCCCACGACAAUUACUUUUCAUCUGUAAUUAAAGAUACAUAUAUAUAAUUACUAUUGAUAAAGUUGUUGUGGUGCAAAUUGGAUAACCCUUUCACCAGAAAGGCAAAGAGGUGCUGGACAGGUACUCUAAACUAAACGCAGCAAUAGAUGCUGGCACGUUGAAUCAUCCCCAGCUGAAUGGCCGGUUGGAUCAAGCCUGUAUCCCUUCAAAAGCCUUAAAGAGAGUGUGUUUUUUUUCUCCCCUUACAACUCGUAACUCCCAUUCGUUCACUUUCAUGCACUCACUUCGCUUUAAAGCUCUGGAAAUCUCAACAGCAUUUCAUUUCUCCUCCCCCCCACAAACCCCUGUUAUCGCGGAUGCAUGGUAACACUGAAUUGCACAACUUUUGUCUUUUGAAUUUGAAUAUUUUGAAUUAAACAACACUUUUCUUCUGUGGUCAGAUUUGGGACUGGAUAACGCCUGGGUAAUAGCUGGGUUCAAUGUAGCAUCCUUGUAAAUAGCGGCUAAUAUCCUCUAAUGUUAGACUAAUGCUUGCCUUAAUGUUAGUGGGGGAAAAUGAGCAUUAUAAUGUUGGAAUUCCUGAUUUCCAAAAAUGUAGUCACAUUCCAGUUUUCUGAUUCAUGUAGUGUAUAUUUAUAUUUGUAGUAAAGUAUUUAUCUAUUACCACUGUUAACGGUUGUUUACUUUUCUUUGUGCCCAUUUAAUUCUUCUUAAUCUUUAUUUCCAUGUAGUAACGAACCAGACCGUGUUGGACGCUCUGAAAUGAAGCACAUGCAAAAUCGUAAAGCUGAGCAGAGAUUCGUUGGUUAAUCAAGUAACAUUACCUUACUCUUAAAACAUGAUCAUACUUGGUGUUGGACUGACACCUGAUACUGAUUUGAUUUUGUCAGUAGCCAUUCAUUUUAAGUAAUGUCCAUUAUAUUUACAUUUGAAAUUGGAUUUUUUCAUUAAAGUAGACAAGCAGUUAUAGGUGUCAGUUUGUGUCUGUCAUCUGUAGUUCACCAAACACCAGAUUGAAUGUCUGUCACGUUGAUGGGGGGCGUCAACAACUUUCCAUAAUCUUAAACUCUCUAAACCAAUUUCUGCUUCGUUUGACUUCUUCUCUUCAACCUUCUUGUAAAAAUACAUUUACUGUUCCAACUUGAUAUUAAUGUAUAUCUCAAAAUACUUGUAUUUUUUAAAUACUUUUGCUGACAAAACAGUACUGACUACGGUUCCCUCAGACCGGGACACAGAGAAGAGAAUCGCUGCUUAAUAAACAUACUCUGAUAUGUCCA